CUCUGUGAUAUGGGCGGACCGAAGUUGGUUGGCUUUUGGUUUUCGCCGAAUAUAUUAAGUGUAUAAUCUAUGGUUUUCGCGGUCGGUCUUUCGCUUCGCUCGAUGCCGUGUUCGUACUCGUAUUCACGGAUGAUAGUACAAGUCGUUUUUACAUGAUUAACGGCUACAUAAAAGUUUCAGACAAAAAGUGAACUGUGUUAUGUCAAAAAACUGUUUUCAUAGUGUAAGUGGCGUGGAAUCCUAUUUAUUAGUUCUCAGACGGCUGACCGCCAACUCGCGUAUUCUAGUGUAUUUAGUGUGCUGACGAAUUUUAUGUGCUUGACUGUGCUGUAAUAGCAUACCUUGGACUCGCAGGAGAACAGUUCCGAGCGUGGCGUGGUGAGGCUAUAGUUGGUCGCGAUGACGACCGACAUCUCGGUGUCCCGAUGGGACCCGUCCGUCGGCCACGGACAGGAGAUCAUUGAUGAAAUCGAGUACGACGGCGGAAAUUCAUCGUCGAGGUUAUUCGAACGAUCGCGCAUUAAAGCGCUUGCAGACGAACGAGAGAGCGUGCAAAAGAAGACAUUUCAAAAAUGGGUGAACUCACAUUUAGUUCGCGUCGGGUUCCGAAUUGGGGAUCUGUACGUCGAUAUGAGAGAUGGAAAGAUGCUUAUCAGACUACUCGAGGUGCUGUCUGGAGAGAGACUGCCUCGUCCAACAAAAGGCAAAAUGCGUAUCCACUGCUUGGAGAACGUGGACAAGGCGCUUCAGUUUCUGCGCGAACAAAGAGUGCACCUGGAGAACAUGGGGUCCCAUGACAUCGUCGACGGCAACCCUAGGCUCAGUCUUGGUCUCAUCUGGACUAUCAUUCUGCGCUUCCAGAUCCAAGACAUUACAAUCGAAGAAACCGACAACAAGGAAACGAAAUCGGCGAAGGACGCUCUCCUUCUUUGGUGUCAAAUGAAGACGGCGGGUUAUAACAACGUGAACGUCCGCAACUUCACGACGUCCUGGCGGGACGGGUUGGCGUUCAACGCGAUCAUACACAAGCACAGGCCCGACCUUGUUCAGUUCGAGAAACUGCACAGGAGCAACCCUAUCCACAACCUUAACAACGCCUUCAACGUUGCCGAGGAAAAGCUUGGACUCACCAAGUUGCUUGACGCGGAAGACAUCGCUGUCGACCAUCCCGACGAGAAGUCCAUCAUCACGUACGUGGUGACGUACUAUCACUACUUCAGCAAGAUGAAGCAGGAGACAGUCCAAGGCAAGAGGAUCGGAAAGGUCGUCGGUAUCGCGAUGGAAAACGACAAGAUGAUGCAGGAAUACGAGUCGCUCACCAGCGAUCUCCUGCAGUGGAUCGAGCGAACAAUCGAGGCGCUCGGCGACAGAACAUUCGCGAACUCUCUGGAGGGAGUGCGUCAACAAUUGAUUCAGUUCGCGAACUAUCGCACCGUCGAGAAACCGCCUAAGUUCGUGGAGAAGGGCAACCUGGAGGUGCUGCUGUUCACGCUGCAGUCGCGCAUGCGCGCCGCCAACCAGCGCCCGUACACGCCGCGCGAGGGCCGCAUGAUCCACGACAUCAACCGCGCCUGGGAGACGCUGGAGAAGGCCGAGCACGAGCGGGAGCUGGCGCUGCGGGAGGAGCUCAUCCGCCAGGAGAAGCUCGAGCAGCUCGCCGCCAGAUUCAACCGUAAAGCUCAGAUGCGCGAGACCUGGCUGUCGGAGAACCAGCGCCUGGUGAGCCAGGACAACUUCGGGUUCGACCUGGCGGCCGUGGAAGCCGCCGCCAAGAAGCACGAGGCCAUCGAGACCGACAUCUUCGCGUACGAGGAGCGCGUGCAGGCCGUCGUCGCCGUCUGCUCGGAGCUGCAGGCCGAGAGGUACCACGACAUCGAGCGUGUGUGCGCGCGGCGCGACAACGUGCUGCGCCUGUGGGCCUACCUGCUGGAGCUGCUGCGGGCGCGCCGGGCUCGACUCGAACUGUCCCUGCAGCUGCAACAGAACUUCCAGGAAAUGCUGUACAUCCUCGACUCGAUGGAAGAGAUCAAGAUGCGUCUCUUGACAGACGACUACGGCAAACAUUUGAUGGGAGUCGAAGAUUUAUUACAAAAGCAUGCGCUGGUUGAAGCCGACAUCAACGUACUCGGAGAACGAGUCAAGGUGGUGGUCGGACAGUCGCAGCGCUUCCUGGAGGGCGAGGGCGGCGCGUACCGGCCGUGCGACCCCGCCGUCACCGUGGACCGCAUACAGCAGCUCGAGAACGCGUACGCAGAGCUCGUGCACCUCGCCGUGGAGCGCAGAAAGCGUUUGGAGGACAGCCGCAAACUGUGGCAGUUCUACUGGGACAUGGCUGAUGAAGAGAACUGGAUCAAGGAGAAGGAACAGAUCGUCUCCGUUGAUGACAUCGGACACGACCUCACUACCGUGUACUUGCUGAUAUCGAAGCACAAGGCGCUGGAGGCCGACGUGCUGGCCCACGAGCCGCAGCUAAUGAGCGUGGCGGCGGUCGGCGACGAGCUCAUCUCCCAGGGACACUUCGGCGCUGACAGGAUCCAAGAACGCCUCCGUGACAUCCUGUCGCAAUGGAACCACCUCCUCGACUUGGUGUCGCUCCGCAAGAGUCGGCUGGACGCCGCCGUGCGCUACCACCAACUGUUUGCUGAUGCCGACGACAUCGACAACUGGAUGCUCGACACCCUCAGAUUGGUUUCGUCUGAGGACACCGGCGUUGACGAAGCUCAGGUGCAGAGCCUGCUGAAGAAACAUAAGGACGUAACCGACGAACUCAAGAACUACGCCAACGUCAUUCAGCAACUGAAGCAACAGGCGCAGGAGCUGAGCCCGGAGGACGCCAACAGCGGCGAGGUGCGCGAGCGGCUGGCGGCCAUCGACGCGCGGCACGGCGAGCUGGCCGAGCUGGCGCGCCUCCGCAAGCAGCGCCUGCUGGACGCGCUGUCGCUGUUCAAGCUGCUCGCCGAGGCCGACGCCGCCGACCAGUGGAUCGCGGAGAAGCACCGCAUGCUCGACACCAUGCUGCCGCCCAGCGACAUCGACGACGUCGAGAUCAUGAAGCACAGAUACGACGGCUUCGACAAGGAGAUGAACGCGAACGCGUCCCGCGUGGCCGUCGUGAACCAGCUGGCGCGGCAGCUCGUGCACGUGGAGCACCCGCAGGCGCCGCGCAUCCAGGACCGCCAGCACCAGCUCAACCACGCCUGGAGCGCGCUCCGGGAGAAGGCUGAAGCGAAGAAGGAUGAGCUUAAGUCCGCUCAAGGUGUGCAGACAUUCCACAUCGAAUGUCGCGAGACCGUCUCGUGGAUCGAGGACAAGAAACGCAUACUGCAGCAAACCGACGACCUCGAGAUGGAUCUUAACGGCGUGAUGACUCUCCAACGUCGUUUGUCCGGAAUGGAGCGCGACUUGGCCGCCAUACAGGCUCGCAUCUCGUCCCUGGAGAGCGAGGCCAGCGCCAUCGAGAACGAACAUCCCGAGGAGGCACAACUCAUUCGGGAACGCGUCGAACAGAUCACUCAGAACUGGGAGCAACUCACUCACAUGCUGAAAGAACGCGACUCGAAAUUGGAAGAGGCCGGAGACUUACAUCGUUUCCUGCGCUCCGUCGAUCAUUUCCAGGCGUGGCUCACAAAGACGCAGACCGAUGUUGCUUCCGAAGAUAUCCCAUCAAGUCUGCCUGAGGCUGAGAAACUCCUUUCUCAGCACCAAACCAUCAAAGAGGAGAUUGAUAACUAUAAGGAUGAAUAUGCUAAGAUGAUGGAAUAUGGAGAGAAGAUUACUGCCGAACCGUCCACCCAAGAUGAUCCACAGUAUAUGUUCCUUCGCGAACGUUUGAAGGCACUGCGCGAGGGAUGGGCCGAGCUGCAGCAGAUGUGGGAGAACCGACAGCAGCUCCUGGCGCAGAGCCUCGAGUUGCAGCUAUUGCAGCGUGAUGCCAGACAGGCUGAAGUUUUACUUGCACACCAAGAACACAGGCUCGCCAAAACCGAGCCUCCGACAAACUUGGAACAGGCUGAAAAUAUUAUCAAGGAACACGAGGCCUUCCUCACUACGAUGGAGGCUAAUGACGAUAAGAUUAAUUCAGUUGUGCAGUUCGCUAAUCGCCUCGUCGAGGAGAGGCACUUCGACGCGGACAAGAUUCAGCGCAAGGCGGAGAACAUCGAGGCACGCCGCAAUGCCAACCGCGAAAAGGCACUUAACCUCAUGGAGAAGCUCCAAGACCAGCUUCAGUUGCACCAGUUCUUGCAGGACUGCGACGAACUUGGAGAAUGGGUUCAGGAGAAGAACGUUACCGCACAAGACGAUACCUACCGCUCCGCCAAGACUAUCCACUCUAAGUGGACCCGUCAUCAGGCUUUCGAAGCUGAAAUUGCGGCCAACAAAGAACGACUGUUCGCUGUGCAGAACGCCGCUGAAGAGCUCAUGAAGCAGAAACCGGAAUUCGUUGAAGUAAUUUCGCCCAAGAUGCACGAACUCCAAGAUCAAUUUGAAAACUUGCAGACUACCACCAAGGAGAAGGGCGAGAGGCUCUUCGACGCCAACAGGGAAGUGCUGCUUCACCAAACCUGCGACGACAUCGACUCAUGGAUGAACGAACUUGAGAAGCAAAUUCAGAGCACCGAUACCGGUAGCGAUCUGGCCUCCGUCAAUAUUCUCAUGCAGAAGCAACAGAUGAUCGAGACCCAGAUGGCAGUGAAGGCGAAACAGGUUACGGAACUGGAAACUCAGGCGGAAUACCUGCAGAAGACCGUGCCUGACAAGAUGGAAGAGAUCAAGGAGAAGAAGAAGACUGUUGAGCAUAGAUUCGAACAACUCAAGGCGCCAUUACUCGAACGCCAACGUCACCUUGCCAAGAAGAAGGAAGCCUUCCAGUUCCGUCGUGAUGUCGAAGACGAGAAGCUGUGGGUCCAGGAGAAGAUGCCCCUGGCCACAAGCACCGACUACGGUAACUCAUUGUUCAACGUGCAAAUGUUGCAGAAAAAGACUCAGUCGCUGAAGACGGAGACCGACAACCACGAGCCCAGGAUUCUGACGGUCAUCUCUAACGGACAGAAGCUGAUUGACGAGGGACACGAAAGUUCGCCCGAAUUCAAACAGCUUAUUGACGAGCUCACUGCGAGGUGGCGAGAACUUAAGGAUGCCAUCGAGGAACGCAAGAACAAUCUGUCGCAAUGGGAGAAAGCACACCAGUACCUGUUCGAUGCGAACGAAGCGGAAGCCUGGAUGAGCGAACAGGAACUCUACAUGAUGGUGGAAGAUCGAGGCAAGGAUGAGAUCUCUGCGCAGAACCUCAUGAAGAAACACGAGAUUUUGGAGCAAGCUGUCGACGAUUAUGCACAGACUAUCCGUCAAUUGGGAGAGACUGUCAGGCAGCUCACCGCCGAAGAACAUCCACUCAGUGAACAAAUUUCCGUGAAACAAUCGCAAGUAGACAAGUUGUAUGCAGGACUGAAGGACUUGGCUGGCGAGAGACGAGCCAAACUCGAUGAAGCUUUAAGAUUAUUCCAACUAUCCCGCGAGGUCGAUGACCUUGAACAAUGGAUCACAGAGAGGGAACUCGUCGCCAGCAGCCAGGAGCUGGGACAAGACUACGAUCAUGUCACGCUGCUGUGGGAACGCUUCAAGGAGUUCGCGCGCGAGACCCAGUCGGUGGGCUCGGAGCGAGUCGGCACGGCCGAGCGUAUCGCCGACCAGAUGAUCGCCAUGGGACAUUCUGACAACGCCACCAUCGCGCAGUGGAAGGAGGGCCUCAAGGAAACCUGGCAGGACCUCCUCGAGCUCAUCGAGACGAGGACACAGAUGUUAGCGGCGUCCCGCGAGCUGCACAAGUACUUCCACGACUGCAAGGACACGCUGCAGCGCGUCAACGAGCGCGCGCGCGGCGUCAGCGACGAGCUCGGCCGCGACGCCAUCAGCGUGUCCGCGCUGCAGCGCAAGCACCACAACUUCAUGCAGGACCUCACCACGCUGCAGCAGCAGGUGGAGUCCAUAAAGAGCGAGUGCUCGCGGCUGGGCGCGUCGUACGCGGGCGAGAAGGCGGCGGAGAUCACGCGGCGCGAGCGCGAGGUGGCGGACGCGUGGGCCGCGCUGCAGGCCGCGUGCCGCGCGCGCCGCGCCAAGCUGGAGGACGCCGACCGCCUGUACCGCUUCCUCAGCCAGGUCCGCACGCUCACGCUCUGGAUGGACGACGUCGUGCGACAGAUGAACACCGGCGAGAAGCCCAGAGACGUGAGCGGCGUCGAGCUUCUGAUGAACAACCACCAGUCGCUGAAGGCGGAGAUCGACACGCGCGAGGACAACUUCUCGGCCUGCAUCUCGCUCGGGAAGGAGCUGCUGGCGCGCCAACACUACGCCUCCGCGGACAUCAAGGAGAAGCUACUGCAGCUGACGAAUCAAAGGAAUGCCCUGCUGCGACGCUGGGAAGAACGCUGGGAGAACUUGCAACUCAUACUGGAAGUGUACCAGUUCGCUCGCGACGCGGCCGUGGCGGAGGCGUGGCUCAUCGCGCAGGAGCCGUACCUCAUGUCGCAGGAGCUGGGGCACACCAUCGACGAGGUCGAGAGCCUCAUCAAGAAGCACGAGGCCUUCGAGAAAUCCGCAGCGGCACAGGAGGACCGGUUCAGCGCUCUGCAGCGACUCACCACCCUUGAAAGGCGUGAAGUAUCACUAUGGCCAAAAGAACAGCCUUGGGACGCAUGUGACGAGUCCGAGUUUGUCUAUCAUCACCCCGCCCCCUCCUUCACGAAACCGCCCCUCACCCUGACCAUAGAACAGCACAGUCCUCAAGUGGGCGAAGUAGUCAGAGAGAUCAUAAUCAACAGCGGCAAAUACCAGUUGCCAGAGAAGUUCAAAGUUAAAAUCGUCAAUUCGGAUUCUUCGAGUAAUUCGAUUAAAAAAAACGAAUCGUUUUUGUGGAACGUCGCAAGGAACAGCCUCUCGACCAUAUCGGAGUCCAGCUCGGCUCCCAUGUCGCCUGCCACCCCGGACAUAUAUAGCUCGGUGUUCUUCAUGUACACGAACGCAAGAGAAAAGUCUGACGAUCGUUUAUCUUGCAUCGACUUCAUAUUGUGGGACAGAUUGUUCUAUCAGGGCGUCUAUCCGAACGUUUCAUUGUUGAGAUCGAAAAGUAGUUCUUCGAAAAGUAGUAUAAAACGUGUCUUCAAGAGGUUAUCGAAGAAAAUUAAACCGGUCGAUUCUGAGCUCAGCGGUGAAGUAGCCGUCUUGUCGUUGCCCGGUCUGAGCGAAAGCAACGACGUGAUUAACGAUCUGGGCAAAGAGGUCAAAAACAUUCCGUUGAGUUCCUCGCUCCCGCUCCUGUCCCAGACCAGACACUUCAUUGGUCCCGAAGGUGCAUGGUACUUUAACUACUUAGAUGGUUUCGAAGUGAAAGAGAUGAAGCGUCGUCAGGAAGCGGCCGAAGCGGCGGAGCGCGAGAAGCGGGAGCGCGAAGCCGCCGAGGCCGCCGCCGCCGCCGCCGCCGCGCAGGACGCGCUCGACCGCGCCGACACGCCGCACGAGCAGCCCGCCGCCAACGUCGUAAGGAGAACGUCCACUAAAGCGGCUGAGAAGGCCCAAGAGCGACCCCAUUCCCAGCCAGAGGCGAGCUCCGUCCCGAACCCCGCCGCCCUCGCCGCCCCCGCUGACCCCGCCGCCCCCGCACCGCCCUCCCCCCAACAGUCCACGUCGAAACCAACACCGGUUAAACCCGCACGCCUCUCCACCCCUGGAUCGAGUUCGUCGCCCGCCACGCCUUCGAGUUCCGGUAAGGUGAAGUCGCGGUCGCGAAGCAAGUCCCCCUUCAGGAGCUUCAGGUGGCGCACCGCCAAGAAGCUGAUCGCGGGCUCCCAUCAUAGCGACGACGAAGAGGGAGCCAGUCCAGCCAGCGAAGAUGAAGGGGUCGAGGGAACUCUGGUACGGAAACACGAAUGGGAAUCCGCCGCCAAACGGGCUUCUAAUCGGUCUUGGGAUAAGCUUUACGUUGUGGCCAAAGACGGCCGCAUGUCGUUCUACAAGGACCAGAAGAGCUACAAGUCGUCGCCGGAACAGUACUGGCGCGGGGAGAGCCCUCUGGACCUCAACGGGGCGGUCGUAGAGGUGGCAGCCAACUACACCAAGAAGAAGCACGUCUUCCGUCUCAGGCUGUCGAGCGGCGCGGAGUUCCUGCUGCAGGCGCACGACGAGGCGGAGAUGUCGUGGUGGCUGGAGUCGCUGCGGGCGCGCACGCAGGCGCCGGCCGCGCGCUCGCACACGCUGCCCGCGCCCGCCAACGCCGAGCCCAAGCGACGCUCCUUCUUCACGCUCAAGAAGAACUAAAUCGUCGAGUCGAGAGAUGAGGGGUCGUCGACCUCGGCGCCCGUGCGGUACCCGGUACCGGAGGCACGGGUCGCGCGACGGUCGAUCUUCCGACGCUUGCAAGCUUCGCCGCCGGCAACGUUGUAUCUCGCGUUGCGUACAAAACAAAACGUUGAAUGUUCGAUUUUGCAUGUAUGAAACGCCUUCUAUAUUUAUUGUUUCGUAUCGAAAAAUAGAUUUUAUCCGAGCGCGAACGAUCCCACCCGCGUUUGAUUAAUAAAAUUAAUAAAUUAUAUUUAACAAAAAAAAAAAAAAAAGUUUUAUCAAAUUACAUAUUAUUAAAUAUAUUAUUAAUUAUAAAAAAAAAAAUCUAAAUGCGACGCUAUUUAUUAAAAUAAGUCUUUGAAUUCAGAUAAAAUAUAAAUGACUAUGAUUGAAAUAUUUAUAUAUAUAUAAAAUGGAGGUAGUUUUAAUGUACGUUUUGUUUGACUAGAAAAUAAUAUUGAUUCAAAACGAUUCUUUGAAGAUUUAUAACUUUCGACCAAUCCUCUGUUCUGAUGGUGUUUAAUUGUUUCGUUUUUAAAUGUAAAAUUUGGCUGAAAACCGCGAUAGCGACCGCAUUUAAAUUCAUUAGGACACCGAGUUCAUUGACUUUUCACAUUAUCGACUGCUUUCCAGAAGCAAUAUGAGUUGUGUAAUUAAGCUGCUCGUAUUAGAGAUAUUUUCCAUAUUUAAAGUGUCUUCUUUGUGACGUGUGAGUGUCGCUGUUCACUUCAACGCAGCAUUUAAAUUAUUAAUAUUAUAACAUUUAUCUAAUAGAUAGUUGGUUAAUGUAUGAAAUGAGUAGAGAUGUAGAGGCGCCCCGCCGUGCCGCGACCAGCGACUUCCAACACGUCAGUAACGUAUUCAGAUUUGUAAUUAUUAUUAACGCUUGAGCCUCAAGUGCUUAUACUGUAAUGUCUUAAUUUUUUUUUUUUUUCAAAUUAUUUUUAUUAACUGCCAAUUACACGAUUGUUAUUUUUUGUAAGCUAUACGUACAUAUAUCUGAAUUACACAUUAUUAUUAUUAUUAAGGUGACACGUUUUAGUUCUGUUUACGUAUUGUAUUGUGACGGGAAUGUGGCAACCCCCGCGUUUUAAACGUCUGUAACGUUAGUGUUGCCACAAUUUCACGCUUGCAUGUCGUACUAUGUUUAAAUAUUUUAUUUUAAAUUUUACUUUUUGAUGAAAAUAUAAUAAAAGAUGUUUUCAAAUAA